UUCUCUCUCUCUCUCUCCUCUUCCUGGGCUUUUUGUUUUUAUUUCGCGACUGUGUAUAUACACACAGUCUUGUGUGUAUAUAUACUCAGCACGUGAACGAACACCGAUGUGUGUACUACCUUUAUUUAUAGACAUGGGCGUGUUCUUCAAGCAAUGAGGGAGCACACUAAUGGGAUGGAUUUAGUGAGAACGGGAGCUACAAGGUUUGCCACUGCUUUUCUUACAUUACAACGCUUGCAUAAGCUUAGGCCGGCGUUGCGAAAAUUGUUUGGGUCAGAAUAUUGGAUUGUGUCAAAGCUAUCAAAAACAGAAAAUGAGAGGAUAGUUUAUGAGAUUGUAUUCUCAAUAGCCUUUUGGGAAGGUUUAGAGGAUUGCUUGAAUGCAUCACAACCACUUCUUCAAGUUUUGCGAAUUGCAGAUGGUGAUGAAAGGCCUGCUCUCGCAGAGGUUGCAGCUGCUAUGGAUUAUGUAAGAGUCCAAUUUUCAAAGGCAUUUGUUGGUCCAAAAACGCAACUUCGAAACAAAGUAUUGAAAAUUAUUGAUGACCGUUGGAAUACACAAAUGGGGAAACCUUUGUAUGGGGCGGCCUUGUUUCUUAAUCCCGGGAAGUACUUUGACAUAGUUGAAAGGAAUCCUUCAUGUGCCUCCCGGAUAAGAGAAGACUUUAAUGAUGUACUUGAGAAGAUGGUUAAGGAUCGGACUACAAGGAUCCUUAUAAGUAACUCCGCGGAUGACUACAAAAAUACAAGAGGAGGAUUCGCUAGAGAGAUGGCAAUUGAGCACCGAAAGGAAAAAAGUCCUAGUAAGCUCACUUGUGUUAGUCUUACUUCCGUAUUAGCUAUUUUUAUAUUCUUAUUACUUAUUAGUAUUAUUUUUAUUUUUAUAUUAGUUGAUUGGUGGGAUGCUUAUGGAGGUCAUGCAAUUGAGCUUCAAUCAUUUGCAAAGCGUAUCGUUGGUUUAUGUUGUUCAUCUUCCGGUUGUGAACGGAAUUGGAGUACAUUUGAAUUCAUACAUACAAAGAAGAGGAAUAGGUUGGAACAUCAACGUUUAAAUGAUUUGGUGUAUGUUCAAUACAACCGGAAGAUUGAUUCCCGAUUCAAAAAGAUGCGUGAACUUGGAGAAAAAUAUAAUCCACCAAUAUUUGAAGACUUGGAGUGGACUAAUGAUUGGAUGAAUGAUAUUGAUGAUAGGUUUUGGAGUGUGGUGGAUAUAGCUUCGGGUGCCUCACAAGGACUUGAGGGACGCACUUUACCAAGAAAAGCUAAAGGUGGUUCAACUAGUGAUUUGCUUACCUACAAUCGACGUGGCACUAGUUCGACACUACAUGAUGAUGAUGAUGAUGAUGGAUGGGGGGAAGAUGAAGACCAUACUCCUAUUGAUGAUAUGGAAGUGGAAGAUGACUAUGGUGUUCCUCCCGAUCCAUCCUUGAAGAAUACUCAAGAGGGAGAUGAAGAUUUCAUGCUUGAUCAGUUUAUAUCACUCGUAUAUUAUGUUUUUAUUUGCUUAGGGAUGCUUAACUUUUGGUAUUUGAACUUACUGUCUCUUUCCUAUUUAAAAUAUUGAAUGAUGUGUUUUUAUCUA